UCAUGAUCGGUUUUUUCCCGAUUUUGUGCCUGGCGUGUGUUAUCUGUUUAAAUUCGAUUUCGCAGUUGGAAGCGGUACCUCAAAAUGGAAAGGUCGCAGUUAGGAGGGUGUACAAUCAACUUAGGCAACAGCGAUGCGGAGACCUUUCGAGUCUAAUACCCGCCAAAAGACUCCAUCGAAGGAUCACCGGCGGCAGGCAGUCGUUCCUGUUGUCCCAGCCCUGGAUGGCAUACCUCUAUUUGCCAGACGAUAACGAGACGUGUCGCUGCGGAGGUUCCCUUAUCUCGGAGCGCUUUGUUCUGACUGCUGCCCACUGCAACAGAAUGUGUGGCCGAAAAGAUGACUUGAGAGUUCGCCUGGGCGAGCAGGACCUGAACACAGAACUCGACUGUACCAAUUUCGACUACAAGAGGGUUUGUGCUCCACCCGUGGAGGAGUUUACCAUUGAAGAGUGGAUUAUCCACGAGAACUUCGAUCGCAGUUCCGGUUGGAAUGACAUUGCACUGAUCAGACUGAACCGCAGAGCUGUCUUGAAGAACCACAUUCGACCGAUCUGCCUGCCUCUUUCCGACGAUCUCCUGGCGCGCACCUCGGUCAUCGGGGAAUCCUACUGGGCGGUGGGCUGGGGAAAGGACAAGGAUUCUGCCUUAGCCGUUACCACCAUGGAGGUCGCCAUUAACACGGAGGAGUGCCUCCACGGCCGGGACGAAACCUUUCUCUGCGCCGAUGGAAGCCACGUGGACACCUGCUUUGGCGACUCCGGCGGACCGCUCACCUGGUCGGUUCGUUACUUCGGCUCCGUGCGAGCUGUCCUCUUCGGAGUGGUCAGCGUGGGGAGCCAGGAGUGCGGAGAAGGCGGCUGUUCCUACUACAUGAAUGUGCCCACCUUCAUGCCUUGGAUACUGGAGAAGUUGUCUGGUUACUCUGACCUGUAGGGAGGAAGUAUAGAAAAAAUAGAUGAGACAACUUAACGUAAAUAAAACCAAUACUGCCACA